AUGCACCAGCAAGUGCCGCUGUCAAUCAAAUGGACCCUCGUUUCCUGGGUGGUCGCUGUUUUGUUGCUUGAUGCAUCAACAAUAUUUUGUCGGAAUCCUUGGUGCAUCGCAAACACAUCGCAUAGCAUAGCAUCGCAGCGCGGCGCGGCGCAGCCAAGGAGUGUUGUCUGGAUGCAGUACACAGGCCCGACUGGACGAGGUGCAGGAGUCAGAUUCCCGGUCACGGUCUCCCUUGCCUUCCAACUGGGUUUGCAUCGGAGGAUGUUCCGUGGGUCUCGCCGAGCCGUCAUGGAUGAUGGACAAGUUGUCAAGUCGGCGACAGCAACAAAACAGCAAAGGAGCGGCUGGGCGGUUGCUUCAGUGGAUGGCAAUUUCUUGAAAAACCGAGGGUUGGAAAGCCUCAUUAAAAGGAGGCGACGACAGUCGACGUGGGAGGGACAGAUGCACGGAGAUGAGGCAACCAAUGAGCGACUGAGACCGAGGCUGCAGAACCAAUCAUGGGCGGCAAAAUACCAGCCCCUUUGCCGAAUCCAGAUCUUGAUGAACACCCGCUCCCUCGUCCUCGACUUUUUCGCCUCCUCCUCCCCCGAUGGCUUCGCCCACCUGUCACGAACCCCACCGCCCUCGCAUGCCUCAACCUGGGAUCUUUCUUCCAAUCCCGUGUGCAGUCGGCGAACCAUCGACUUGGGGCGGACUUGCAAUUCCCAUUGUUUGGCGGCUACGGAUACAUACACGCACGCAGAGGGCAAUACCUAUACUCCGUGUGCAUUCACUUCCACACCCUCAUACCCUACACCGUGGGUGAGACUGGACGAGAAAGAGGAAGCGGUCGAGCUGACCGUCUGUUCAGGUAUUGUUGCUGCACACAACUCGAGACAGCAGCAUAACCUUACCCUGCCCGCUAUAUCAUCAUAUGCAUGCACGCACUAUCAAUGUCUUGCCUGA